CCAGGGAAGCUUUUGAAGAGGCAGGAGACAUCUUAAGUGGCCACGUAACGAUGGGGAUGUAUUUUGAAGAUGAUGCCUUGGCUUUAUCCCAUAAAUACUCAGUGUCUCCUCCAGCCCUCCUCCUUGCCAGGAGCGGAGGUCAGAGCGUCGAAAGCAUCACUUUGUCCAAACAGAGUGCUCAGGACAUGGUGCAGAUGAUCAGAUAUGAACUGCUGGACAUUUUUCCAGAAAUCACCGUGCAAAAUCUGCCCCACUAUUUGCAACUCAGAAAGCCCUUCCUCAUCUUCUUCAGCGAUGGCGACAUCGGUCAAAUGGAAAGCAAAGAAAUGCUGAAGCUGGCAAAAGGAAGAUCCCAGCAAGCGUUUGUGGCUUGCUGGUUGAACUUGAAGAAGACUCCGGUGGGACGUGGGAUCCUGAAGACAUACUUUGCAACCGUGCCUUCACUGCCUCUUCUUGUCUGGGUGAACCUUCAUGCUGGUGGUCAGGUAUUCAAGUUCCCAUCAGAGCAGCCCAUCACUGAAAUGAACAUCUUGUCUUGGCUGGAGAAGCUAAAAGCAGGAGUGGAGAUUCCCAGCAGUACCUUGUCUGAGGAAGACUGGAAACCACCUCUCCCUGCUUAUGACUUCCUCCAGAUGAUGGAGACGGCCGUGCCUGGGCUUCCCCUCCACACCUCCCACCACCACCACGGGGACAUGCUGGAGCAGCACCCACCUGAAAGCCCAGGAGGGGACAAAGCCAUCCAGGUGGAUCCAUCCCAGGAGACCAAGGCAGAGAAAGUUGGGUCCCCUGGGAGGGACCUACGGGGGACAGCGCCGAGGCUGGCAGCGAGGGAGAAGCAGGGCAAGAGACACAGUGAGCUGUGA